CUCACCCUGGGAUGCAGAGCCUCCUUAUCCUGGGAUCCAGAGCCUCCUCAUCCUGGGAUCCAGAGCCUCACCCUGGGAUGCAGAGCCUCCUUAUCCUGGGAUGCAGAGCCUCCUCAUCCUGGGAUCCAGAGCCUCCUCAUCCUGGGAUGCAGAGCCUCCUCACCCUGGGAUGCAGAGCCUCCUUAUCCUGGGAUCCAGAGCCUCACCCUGGGAUGCAGAGCCUCCUUAUCCUGGGAUCCAGAGCCUCCUCAUCCUGGGAUCCAGAGCCUCCUCAUCCUGGGAUCCAGAGCCUCCUUAUCCUGGGAUCCAGAGCCUCCUCACCCUGGGAUGCAGAGCCUCCUUAUCCUGGGAUCCAGAGCCUCCUCACCCUGGGAUGCAGAGCCUCCUCAUCCUGGGAUGCAGAGCCUCCUCACCCUGGGGUGCAGAGCCUCCUUAUCCUGGGAUGCAGAGCCUCACCCUGGGAUGCAGAGCCUCCUUAUCCUGGGAUCCAGAGCCUCCUCACCCUGGGAUGCAGAGCCUCCUUAUCCUGGGAUCCAGAGCCUCUUCACCCUGGGGUGCAGAGCCUCCUCACCCUGGGGUGCAGAGCCUCCUUAUCCUGGGAUCCAGAGCCUCCUCACCCUGGGAUGCAGAGCCUCCUCACCCUGGGAUGCAGAGCCUCCUCACCCUGGGGUGCAGAGCCCGCCCAGCGCUCCCACAGCAGCCGUGCCGUGCCGUGCCGGGCAGGCCGAGGCCGCGGGGUGCCGGCAGAGCUGCCCGCCCUGAGCAGCUCCGUCCCGGCAGGAGCAUUUCCCAGGGGGAGAGGCUUUUCCCGGGAGGAGGAAUUCCCUGGCAGCGGCUUCCCCGCGGCAGAGGGCAGCAGCAGGCUGGGCACGGGCACCCGGCACUGCCGCGGGCUUGGCGGGGCUGUGGGGCACGGGAUGGGCACCCCCGGAUGUGGAUUUGGAUUCCCAAAUCUCGGAUGAUUUGUGGCAGGGGGAUAAUUCAGCGCCUGAAGUAGAACAGGGCUUGAGCUUCCCUUUCCUUUCCCUUCCCUUUUUCCCCCCAGUUUUUCCUCUUUUCCACCCCUGCAUGCCAACAGGAUGGGGUUGAGCUCUUCCCAAGCCCAUCCCAUGCUCCCGGCUCUCCAUGAUUCCCAGAAAAGGCGCUGGCGCGGCGUUUUCCUGCUGUUUGAUGGUGUUUUAUCCCCCAGGGACACGCGGGGAAGCGCAAGGACAAGGACACGGACGUGGGAUACGGGCGGAUUCAGGAUUGGAAGGAUUGCUCCCUGGAGUUUUGCCGGGAAAACAAACCUGGAAUUAACAGAAGACUCCGGAACGGCGACUUUAUAGCCCAAAACUCCAUAAAACCAGAGCUGGAAUUACCUCGUUCUCCUGGGGAAACAAUUCCAGGUUUUAUCUGUGGAUAUUAAAAGGGGAUGAUUGUUCCGUGUA